AUGAGUUACGUUGCUGGUCUGGGCCAACAACGACAAGGGCCGUUGUGGCCCCUGGUUCCACCACUUAGACAGAAGGCGAAACGAAGGCUGGAGCUAGGAGAAAGUGGCCACCAGUAUCUGGCUGAAGGACUAAAGACUCCAAAGGGGAAAGGAAGAGCUGCAACAAGAAGUCCAGAUAGUCCAACAAAAAAGACUUGGUAUGAUACAUCACUUGCCCUUCUAACAAAGAAGUUCAUUCAGUUGCUGAGCCAAUCUCCUGAUGGGGUCUUAGAUUUGAACAGAGCGGCAGAGGUCCUCAAGGUGCAAAAAAGGAGGAUUUACGAUAUCACCAAUGGACUGGAAGGCAUCCAUCUCAUUAAGAAAAAAUCCAAAACCAACAUACAAUGGAUGGGCUGCCGUCUGUCGGAGGACGGUGGCAUGCUGGCCCAGUGUCAAGGCCUCACAAAGGAGGUGACCGAACUGACUCAGGAAGAGAAGAAACUGGAUGAGCUGAUCCAAAGCUGCACCCUGGACCUCAAGCUGCUAACAGAGGACUCGGGGAAUCAGAGAUAUCCUUUUUUUUGA